AUGCUUUUUCUUUCAAUAAUAGAUGUUUCUGCUGUUAUGGUUAAUUCAAUUGCUACUGGAAUUUUAUCAAUACUUAGAGUAUCAUAUUGUAUUGCUCCAAAACUUCACAUAGGAAUUGGAAGUUUUGGUGUAAGUAUUUGGUGUGCAACUUGUGCUACUACAACUAUUUUAGCUUUUAAUAGAUAUUUAGAUAUUACAAAUCAAAAUCUUUGUCAUAAACUUUUUGAUGGAAAAAAAACUUUAGUUUGGUUAAUAUUACCAAUAAUAUAUUUUUUUUAUUUUUUUAUAUUUACAAGUCCACUUGCAUUUAGUCAAAAAUAUAUGUCAUGGUUUUUUAAUCCAUAUCAAGAUUAUUUAGAUAUGCCAAAUUUUAAAACAAGAACUGAUUUUAGUAAUAUACCCCAUACAAUAAAUAAUUUUUUAAUCAUAAUAUUAUUGGUACUUGAUUAUGGAACAAUGUUUUUAAAAUUAUCAAAAAAAUCACAUAUUAGAAGUACAUCAUCAAAUGUUAAUAAUGUUAUUGUUAAAGUACAAAUUCAAGUAUUUAUUAUUUGUUUUUUUGUAUUUACAGCAGCUCUCCUUUAUGUUUAUAUGCAAUUUUUUAUUAUACCACCAAUAUUAACUGUUAUCUCUCAAAUUUUAUGGUCAUUUUCACAAGGAUGUGGUGGUAUCAUUUAUAUAACACUUAAUAAAACAAUAAGACAAGCCAUAUGGAAUGUUAUUUUAGAUGGAAAAAAAAAAUCUGCUUUGAUACAUGAUAAUAGCAAAAGAGAUAGAAAUGUUACUGAUAAAAGAAAUACAUCAAAUAGAAAUUAA